AUGAUGUGGGAGAUUGAUUGUGUGAGGGCUGGUGAGAAUGUAGCCAGGCCCAGUGUGAGGUCGCACGCGUCUGGGGUAGCCGGCAUGUUGACAGACCCCGUACGUGGCCGGGUAGUCCCGACGUAUGAGUGGGAGAUAUAUUGUGUGAGGGCUGGUGAGAAAGUAGCCAGGCCCAGUGUGAGGGCGACCGUCUUUGGGUUAGCCGGCCGUGGACAGGACCCCGUACGUGGCCGGGUGCGUCCCACGUAA